CAGUCGCGAGCUCAGUCACAGCAGAGAUACGAUAACGACUUGUCGCAAAGUUUCCAACGCGCGCAUAAAAACAAAUACAAAGUUUUGCAUAUUCAGUGCCGCUGAAAUUAACUGAUUAUUAUAUUAAUUUUUCAUAAUUAGUUUAGAGUUUGAAAGUAAGAGUUUUGAAAAUUUUUGAUACUAGACACAAACACUCGAAGUUUAUCCCGCAAGAGCACCGUAAAAUCGGACAAUAUGCAACGAUUCGGAAAGCAAUCACUCCAGCUCUACGUUCUACUCAUUGGGCUCGUUUGUUUGAGUUUAACUGAUCCUGCAAGCGCUCUCAGUCAGGUGGUCACCGAUACUUUUAGCCAAACUAUAGCCGGUGAUGUCGUUGUUUAUCUGAAUGCCACGUACUGGCGUUGCGAUCUCGUCUUAUGUCCCGCCGGCACAGAUCAAUGCGUAGUGACGAAGUCUCGGUCGCCUACAGAACCAAGAGAUCUAAUACGAAGAAAUAUCUGUGUGUCCGCCAACAAACAGCGGCUUGUCGAUGAGUCGGUUACUGAGCCAAUAAAACCCAAUGAAGACAUCAAUUUCAGACUUAUUGUGAGUAGCAGCGGUUCGUCUGUACUGCAGGACUCCUCCUACUCCAACACCUAUACGAGUACGUCUUACUCGACUUCAUCUGUUAAUACAGAUGCUGUCUCAAAAGCUGCUGAAAAGGCUGCUGCGGACGCUGUGGCCAAUGCUGCUGCGAAUACGGCCCAUAUUAAUCGUCAAAUUGCCAGAACUCUGCAGCAGACUGGUGAAGCAGUGAGAAGAAGCCUUGAAACAGCUCAUCAAGACUUAGUGGAAGCAUUCCGUAGCGCUGGUCUUUGGGGGAAAUGAGGAAACAUUUCGGAUGGCAGUGAACUUGGCCUGACAGGACGCUCUUUUUAUUAAAGCAAAAGCAAUACCCGAGAAUAAAUGCUGUGAAAUAAUAAUACAUUAUAUAUGAAUGUACUUAUACUUGUAUAUAACCGUUAUGUGUAUAAUAAAAAAAACUGUAAAAAGA